UCAGCUCGACAAGUCGAUUCGGCGUGUUUUUGUCGGUUUCAUGUAAACGGCAUGUAAGACGGCGCGCGCUAACUCCGCUUGCGGGCGACGUUAUUGGCGUGACGAAGGUCAAGGACCCCGCGACCGAUGUUGCGAGAGAGCGCCUGGCCAGGGCCUGCUGUGGAACGUGUCACCGGGCGGCACCCUGAGCGCCUCGGUGAGCGUGGACAGCAGCGAGCCGCCGUGCCAGCAGUUCGUGGCGCGGCUCCACGAGGGCGGAUGCCAGCAGAUGGGAGCCAGACUCGUGGUAGAGUACCAGGUUGUCCGCAACGCGGUGUUCCACGUGCACGGCCUGAGGCCCGAGCUCCGCUACUGCCUCACGGUGGCGGCCGGCUGUUUCAACUGUCCGGUCACGUGCUCCGCGCUCGAGAGCAAGACCGUGGGCGUGCGCGUCGAGCGAGCCGGCGACGACGGGCUCGGACUCCGCGGGGGGGAGUCCUCCGUGCCCGAGGCCGACGCCGCCCUGGACCCCGUGCUCGCCGUGCUGGGCGUGGGGAGCGUGCUCUUCCUGCUCGCCUGGUCCUUCCACCUCUACCAGAGGCUGCCCGUGGGAGCGAGAGCCAAGAGGAGGGGUCACGUGUCACCCGUCUAGCAGCCUUUGGAAACGGGUUAUACAGCACACGCUUGCACUAUACUUCUUGUUGCGAUAAGAAAAAUAAACAAACUUCGCUUCUAUCUUCGAAGAACGUGAGCUUGUGGAUGUUUGUAUUCCAUUUUUGCCUUUUAGCGCACGGAAAAUACUGGGAAAAUACCCUAUAGCGCACAGAAAAUACCGUAUAAAAGACGUUGACAAAGUUAUUUGUAUGCGUCUUUUAUACCGCCGAUGUGUUUCCUGCGCGCUAAAAGGCUAAAAUCGCUUCUAUCCUUGCUAUUCUAUGCAGAGUCAUCGUUUCCUUCCAUUAUCUUACAAGGCGCAAUUACCA